UAUUUUUAAUCCACUCUCUGUUACCUCAAUUUCUAAUAAAUAAAUCUUACACAAAUAGUCGUCUGGAUUCACUGAUUAUUUUUCCUAGUCAGUAGACUUAGAUUAUACACUGAUUAUAUAUGACUAUACACAUAUCUACAACUGCCGGCUAUUGCAAAUUUAAGCAGUUGGAUGGACGGUAUUAAUUCUUCUAUAAUUAAUAAUGAAAUGUAGGUCUUGUUCUCAGCGGGAACAGAAACUUCAGGAACAACAGUAAUAUGGGCUAUGACAGAAAUGAUGAGGAACCCAAGUGUGUUAGCAAAGGCACAAGCAGAAGUAAGAGAGACAUUCAAGGGAAAAGAGACUUUCGAUGAGGAUGUUAUUGAGGAAUUGAAAUACCUAAAACAAGUUGUUAAAGAAACCUUGAGACUUCAUCCUCCACUCGCUCUCUUAGUUCCAAGAGAAUGCAGGGAAGAAACAAACAUCAAUGGUUACACUAUCCCUUUAAAAACAAGAGUCAUGGUUAAUGUUUGGGCGAUGGGGAGGGAUCCCGAGUACUGGGAAGACGUGGAAAGCUUUAUGCUUGAGAGAUUCGAGCAGAGCUCUGUGGAUUUCAUGGGGAAUAACUUUGAGCUUCUUCCUUUUGGUUCCGGAAGGAGAAUGUGUCCGGGGGUUACAUUUGGUUCGAUCAAUGUUCAUCUUCCAUUUUAUCAUUUUAAUUGGAAACUCCCUGAUUGAUACCAAACGGUAUCUACAACACCAAAACAGUCCGCAACAGUCACCACAACAUGCCCAAACCCGCAACAACAAGACGACAAUAUGAUACAAGAAGCA